AUAAAUACGCCGCCAUUGGUGCAGACAAUCAGUGUUCGAGUGUUCUUGACACACAAUUCACACACUGCAAGUAAUAAUAGAGAAGUAAUAAAAUAGAAGUCAACAUGAAAGUGUUUAUUUUAUUGUGCAGUUUUGCGCUUGUCUACGCUGGGCAAGAUGGCGGCGUUGUGGUCAACAAUGCACCAAAUAACUCCAGCUCCGAGGGGAGAAUAAUCAACGGAAUCGAAGCGGCACGUGGUCAAUUUCCAUGGCAAGUCGGCAUUUUCCACACAAUCAACGGCAACCGACAAUUCUGCGGCGGCGCACUGCUCAACAACCAAUGGGUUUUGACAGCUGGACACUGCGUAUACAAUGCCAAUACUUUUGAGGUUAUCUUGGGCGCAACUCGUGCUUACGACAAUCAAAACGGUAAAAUAACAAUGAAGAUCGAAAAGGCACUGUAUCAUCCACGUUACAAUCCCAAUAACCUCAACAAUGACGUGGCUGUGAUUAAACUCAUCUCGCCCGUGCAAUACAGCAACUACAUUCAGCCAAUUAGGUUGCCUAAGUCAUCGGAUUACCUUCAACCUAAUAAUUAUGUCUGGGUCAGUGGAUGGGGAAAGACUAGUGAUCAACAGUCGCAGAUUACUAAUAUUUUGAAUUACGUCCAAUUGAGAACCAUUUCUAACCAAGAAUGCAAAAAUUAUUUCAACUCUAAUUUAAUCUUGGAUAAUGUUGUUUGUUGUGAUGGCAGACAAAUCCAAUCCACUUGUAAUGGUGAUAGUGGUGGUCCACUCAUUCAAGAAAUCAAUGGCGUCUGGACCCAUGUGGGUAUUGUGAGUUUUGUGAGCACUAGGGGAUGCGCUGUGGGUUAUCCAAGUGGAUUCAUACGUACUGCUUCCGUUCUGGACUUUAUCUACACCAACACAGGCAUUUCUCGUCAAUAAUUACCAAAUGUUAAAAUAUAAAUAAAUAAAUAUGUUGUUAUUGAACAAAA